CGUAAAAAGGAAGAACUGGACCGUGGGAUCGAAAUUGUUCGACAGUUUCAGCUACUUCGUGCCCCUAAAUUCACCGAAAUUGGAACAAUUGCAGAGCAGCGGCAGCUGGAGUUCAUCAACGGUGAUUUGGGCCGUAUUGCUGGCGAAUCAAUGUACGCAUAUUUAUCCAGAAUCCGUCAAAUAGCACUGCCGUCUUUAUCGGAAACGAUAUGUGAACGAAUUGGACUUCUGGCUGAACACUGUAGAUUUCGGCAUCAACCGUUUGGAGAAGCGCAACUGACAGAAACACGAACGCUUAUCAAGGAAAUCGUUAAGAUGCUCACGCCGGGUGACAGCAAGAAAGGAGGAGCACGUAAACGGAUUCCAGUUUCUGAUGCAUCCAGAAAAGCGGCCACCGUUGAAUUGUUUGGAUUCGAUAAGAAGCAGAAAGGAAUCUUAGCAGGUGCAAGAGGAAGAGGAGGAGCAGAUGAGCAGAGAAUGCCGUUGAUAGUAACAAUUGAUGGUGAUGAUGAUAAGAAAACGAAAAGUGAUCAUUUACCGGUGCAUCGUACUGCCACUGCUGCCGGCUCACGGCUUACCACAACCGAUACUUAUCGUCGUGACGUACAGAAUUUUGAACGUACACCACUCAUUGUUUAA